UGGACAUUUGGGAGCAAUAAAAAUAAGAAGAAAGGAAAAGCCAGAAAAAUAGAGAAGAAAGGAACCAUGAAGAAACAAGCCAACAAAACUGCCUCCUCGGGAAGUUCAGACAAAGACAGUUCAGCUGAGAGCUCAGCCCCCGAGGAAGGCGAAGUGUCAGAUUCCGACAGCAACAGCUCCUCUUCUAGUUCAGAUUCAGACUCUUCCUCAGAAGAUGAGGAGUUCCAUGAUGGCUACGGAGAGGAUCUCAUGGGAGAUGAGGAAGACAGGGCCCGACUGGAACAGAUGACAGAGAAGGAGAGAGAACAAGAGCUGUUCAACCGCAUAGAGAAGAGAGAGGUGCUGAAGAGAAGGUUUGAAAUCAAGAAAAAACUAAAAACAGCCAAAAAGAAAGAAAAGAAAGAAAAAAAGAAAAAGCAAGAAGAGGAACAGGAAAAGAAAAAGCUGACGCAGAUUCAGGAAUCUCAGGUAACAUCCCACAAUAAGGAACGACGUUCCAAACGGGAUGAGAAGCUAGACAAGAAAUCCCAAGCCAUGGAGGAGCUGAAAGCUGAGCGGGAAAAACGGAAGAACAGAACAGCUGAGCUCCUCGCCAAAAAACAGCCAUUAAAGACGAGUGAGGUGUACUCAGAUGAUGAGGAGGAGGAGGAGGACGACAAGUCCAGUGAAAAGUCAGACCGCUCAUCCCGAACAUCAUCAUCUGAUGAAGAGGAAGAGAAAGAAGAGGUCCCUCCAAAAUCCCAGCCUGUCUCAUUACCUGAAGAACUGAAUCGGGUUCGGUUGUCACGGCACAAGUUAGAGCGGUGGUGUCACAUGCCCUUCUUUGCUAAAACAGUCACAGGAUGUUUUGUACGGAUUGGCAUUGGAAACCACAACAGCAAACCAGUUUACCGGGUGGCUGAGAUCACAGGUGUUGUGGAAACUGCCAAAGUGUACCAGCUGGGUGGCACCAGAACAAACAAAGGCUUGCAACUACGGCAUGGCAAUGACCAGCGAGUGUUCCGUCUAGAGUUUGUCUCCAACCAGGAAUUCACUGAAAGUGAAUUCAUGAAGUGGAAAGAAGCGAUGUUCUCUGCUGGCAUGCAGCUGCCCACUCUAGAUGAAAUCAAUAAAAAGGAGUUAUCUAUUAAAGAAGCUCUCAAUUAUAAAUUCAAUGAUCAGGACAUUGAAGAGAUUGUAAAAGAGAAAGAGAGGUUCAGAAAAGCCCCACCCAACUAUGCUAUGAAGAAGACUCAGCUGCUGAAGGAAAAGGCCAUGGCUGAGGACCUGGGGGAUCAGGACAAGGCCAAACAAAUUCAAGACCAGCUGAAUGAACUGGAGGAGCGGGCAGAGGCCCUGGACCGCCAGCGGACCAAGAACAUAUCUGCCAUCAGCUACAUCAACCAGCGGAACCGGGAGUGGAACAUUGUGGAGUCCGAGAAGGCCCUUGUGGCUGAAAGUCAUAACAUGAAAAACCAACAGAUGGACCCCUUCACCAGGCGGCAGUGCAAACCUACCAUCGUUUCUAACUCUAGAGACCCAGCUGUUCAAGCUGCCAUCUUGGCCCAGCUCAAUGCAAAAUAUGGUUCUGGGGUGUUACCAGAUGCUCCAAAGGAAAUGAGCAAGGGUCAGGGAAAGGAUAAAGAUUUGAAUUCUAAGUCGGCCAGUGACCUGUCAGAAGACUUAUUCAAAGUUCAUGAUUUUGAUGUGAAGAUUGAUUUACAGGUUCCCAGCUCAGAGUCAAAGGCUUUGGCCAUCACCUCCAAGGCUCCACCUGCCAAGGAUGGAGCUCCAAGGAGAUCACUGAACUUGGAAGACUACAAAAAACGACGGGGGCUUAUUUGAGCGUGCCCAGCCUGCUGCUUCUGACCCUGCAUGUCCCAUCAGUGUCUCACCUCUCCUCUUUUCCUUUGGUUUGCCCUCUUUGGGCUGGAGCAGCAGUUGAACUGGGAAGAGACUCUAAACUGCCAGUCUUCUGUAAUAUAAACCAUUUGCUGUAUAGACCUCCCUUGUCUGCACCAUCUCCCACCAAGCCCUGGGCCUCACCCAGAGUGGAUCUGGGCUGUCUGGGCGGUUUUCCAUGUCUUUAGAUUUGUGUGUGCCGUUUUGUUUUUUUUUUUAAACCAGCACAGUUCAUUGGCCACUCUGCACGCAUUCAGUAUUACCAUGGAGCUGGGAUUCUUGCUGGCCCCUGGGGGGCGAGAGCAGCAGCACUGGACAGUCUCCUCUCCAGACUGCCUUGGGCCGGACCAUUGAACAUUUGGCACCUGACCCUUGUGGAGGGAGCGGGGAUUGGGCACCUGCGGUCCUCCUUCCUCUCUCCUCAGCUUUCUCUUCUUCCCAUCUCUGUGGAAGAGGGGUUUUCAAAAUCAGUUCAGUUUCCAAA